AUGUCGGCCCACACCCGCUCCAAGACCAUCGACGUCGUCGGCCAGGGCAAGCGCCUGUCCCUCCAGUUCCCCAUCCAGCCCUCGCCCGCCACCAUCUACACACCCGCCUCGGCCAAGCGAACACGCCCCCAGUCAUGGGUCCACGGCGCCACGCCCAUCCGCUCGCCAGAGCCGCCCGACGACACCCCCCACGAAACAAACAUUCUGGCCGUCUUGGCCGCCCAGGAGCGCUACGUGCUGGAGCUCAAGGAGGAGCUGACCAAGGCCGAAGCCGACCUCACCAUGCUCAAGUCGCACUGGGCCCGCCAUGAAGCCAACAAGCGCCGCACCCAAGGCCGCAAGGUGGCUGCCCUGCAACCCCUCGAUACCUCGCUCGCAAAUGCCCCGCCCAGCCCCUACGACGACGACUCGUCGGGCCUGUCCAUGCAAAAGGAAAUGGAGCGCCGGAAGACGCUCCUCAACCACGCAAAGACUUCACAGCGCAAGGUCUUCAGCGGCUCGCGCCAUCUGCGCACCCUCUCGCUCCUCUCCCCGGAGCGCAUCGACUCGCCUGCCUUUUCGCAAACGGUCGAUCUGCUCGACGACCGCUCCCCCGCCAUGCGCUCCCAGUCUUCUGCACGAACAUCUACUUCGUCAGAUAUCACACGCCAAGUCGUCACUGCAGGCGACCACGACCGCUACGAAAUGGGCGGCAUGCCCACCAUCCAGCGCGAGCAGCUCAUUCGCGCCGGCACACAAAUGGCCACAGACUUCAAGAAGGGUCUCUUCACCUUUAUCGAGGACAUACGCCAGGCUACCGUCGGCGACGAGGCGCUCCACAUGGGCGACAGUGCGGCGGGAAUGGCGGGUACCAAGGGCGCCUCCAAGUCGGGGCGGAAACCAUCGGAUGGCCGCCCGCCCCUCAGUCGCUCCGCCAGCUCCAAAAAGUCACAGCAAACCGGCUCCUUUGGCGACGAUUUCUGGAAGGAAAUGGGUGUCACCGACCCCAAGACUAGCACAACACACAAGAAGACGCAGCCCACCAAGAGCACGGCCACCCCGCAAAAGCAGAUCCGCAAGGUCGCGUCCGAGGAAGACUGGGACAACUGGGACACGCCCAACGACUCGCUCCUCGUCGACGUCACAGACUCAAAAGACAGCUCGGACGACUCGGAUGCGCACACUUCGCCCAUGUCGGGCCCCGGCAGCUCCAGCACCAGCACCAGCACCCGGUACCAUGCAAAGCGCCACGAUUCAAAAGCAUCCUCACUCACUUCCAUCACCCAAGAAGACCUCGCUCCCCGCGAACCCAAACGCAGCUCCAUCACCUGGCCCGAUAUGACAAAGGUGUCGCCAAGCAACCUGAAGCGUACGGCAUCGCAUCUGAUGAAGGAGUGGGAGAAGCAGCUGACGCCACCCCCAGAGUCAAGAACCCAGGACUACUCGCACGGCGACUACAUGAAUUAACGAAGAGUUUUACGGCAUCUGCAUUAGCGAUAUCCUGCAUCACGACGAUACGCCAUGGCACGGCAAUGUUUGAUUCACUUUUGAAAGCAUCUUGCUGAGUUGGCCGUCUUGUGCGAGCAGCAUUUGUACAGAAUAGCGAGGCGUUUGAGCGAUUGUACAUAGAGCGUCUAUACCCAGCUUCGGGUUGACAUGUACCGUCAUUUGAAGCAUAAUGACCAAUUUGAA